AUGUGGGCAUCAAAGCCCCCUUCCCCCUCUCAUUUCCCCCCCUUCUCCUCCUUAUUUUCCCCGCUUCUCCCUCUCAUUUCCCCCCUUGCUCCCUCUCAUGUCCCCCCUUUUCCCUUCUCAUUUCCCCCCAUUCUCGCUCUCAUUUCCCCUCAUGCUCCCCAUCAUUCCCCCCCUUUCCCCCUCUCGUUUCCCUCCCAUUCACCUGCUCAUCUCCCCCCCUUCUCCUUCCCGUUUCCCCCCCUUCUCCCUCUCGUUCCCCCCCCUCCUCCCUCUCAUUUCCCCCCCUUAUCCCGCUCAUUGCCCUCCUUUCUCCUUCUCAUUUCUAUCCGUUCUCCCCCUCAUUCCCCCCCUGCGCCCCCUCAUUCCCCCCCUGCGCCCCCUAAUUCCCCCCUUUUUUCUCCCUCUCAUUUCCCCCCCUGCUCCCUGUCAUGCCCCCCUUUUCUCCCGCUCAUUUCCCCCCUUCUCCCGCUCAUUUCCCCCCUUCUCCCGCUCAUUCCCCCCCUUCUCCCGCUCAUUUCCGCCCUUCUCCCACUCAUUUCCCCCUUCUCCCGCUCAUUUCCCCCCUUCUCCCUCUCAUUUCCCCCCCUGCUCCCUGUCAUGUCCCCCCUUUCUCUCACUCAUUUCCCCCCUUCUCCCGCUCAUUUCCGCCCUUCUCCCACUCAUUUCCCCCCUUCUCCCGCUCAUUUCCCCCCUUCUCCCUCUCAUUCCCCCCCCUGCUCCCUGUCAUGUCCCCCCUUUCUCUCACUCAUUUCCCCCCUUCUCCCGCUCAUUUCGUCGCCUAUCAAGAGGCCGCGCCUCCCGAAAGGAAGGCACCAUCGCACGAUCGUCGCUUGUCGCGUGGCCCAGUGCGGCAUCCCCCUGCCGCACAGGUUCCACGCAAUGCAUUACCCUUCCCCUCCCUGCAUUACUCUUCCCCUCCCUGCAUUACCCUUCUCCUCCCUGCAUUACUCUUCCCCUCCCUGCAUUACUCUUCCCCUCCCUGCAUUACUCUUCCCCUCCCUGCAUUACCCUUCCCCUCCCUGCAUUACCCUUCCCCUCCCUGCAUUACCCUUCCCCUCCUUGCAUUACCCUUCCCCUCCCUGCAUUACCCUUCCCCUCCCUGCAUUACCCUUCCCCUCCCUGCAUUACCCUUCCCCUCCCUGCAUUACCCUUCCCCUCCCUGCAUUACUCUUCCCCUCCCUGCAUUACCCUUCCCCUCUUUUUCACGAUCCUCCUGCCUUUCUCUCUUUUCAGCUCUCUUCCUACGUUUCCCUCAUUUCCCCUCUCUUCCAGCCCUUCCCACUUUUCUGCAAUCUUCCUGCCUUUCCCACUUUUUUCCUCUCUUCCCCAUCUCCCAUUCCUGUCACCAAACCUCUGCAUCCCACCUCCUUAUCCUCCGUUCCUGCCUCUCCACCUUUCCAUCUUGUUUUCCCAUCUCUCCUCCCUUGGUUACCGCUUCGAGCAGGACAAGUUCAGGUUCAGCAGAGUUAG